AUGAAACUCAUUGUUAUUUUCUGUCUUUUACUUCCACUCGUAUUCGGCGGGGAUCCUAGAAAAUGUUCCGGAUUUCCAGCAACUCGUGAAGGUCUCAUAGCGGCGGCUUUUAAGGUGGUUUCCAGCGGAAAAAUCAUCAACUACACUCAAGACCCACGACGCUGGUCUGGAAUUAAUAAUGGAAUAUGUCCCGAAGAUGACGUACCGCCUUAUGCUGAUUGCAGUUCCUUUAUUACUUGGUUAUAUUGGAGCCUCUUUGGAUAUUAUCCUGAUUAUCUUAACAGAGCAGAUUGGGCUGGCGGCUAUACUGGAAGACUGGCUGAUAACGGAAUGCCGGUCUCUUUAAAUGAUGCGCAGCCGGGGGACGUUGUUCUAUAUGGUAACCGUCGAUAUAGUCAUGCGGCUAUUUAUGUUGGAGGAAAUCGUGUCAUCAGCUAUGGCUCUACUGGUCCAGCGAAACUUCUUAACAUUGGCUUCUUACCCAAUAAGAACUACGAUUUGAGAACUUAUCCUGACUUCUUUGCAGUCGGGGCACCAUGCAACGGUGUACCAGGUACCUGCAUCGACACGGACUCGACUACUUGUUCCAAACCUUUAAUAGCGGGGAGAUGCAGAGGUCCUAAUUUUGUCAAAUGUUGUCCGGAAUAA